AUGGAAGGUGGUAGAUCAAAGCGGAUUUCUCAGGGUUACAUUGAUAACAACAAUAGUGUUAAUAACAAAAACACCAAUUCUUAUUCAAAGCUAGAUAUAAAUGGCUUGGAAAGCAACCGCAAGCAGCCAUCUCAGAAGCGCAAAUCUGAGAUGCCUUCAACUGAAUUUUCUUCUAAAGAUCUGCUUAGUCAAAGUGACAUCAUUUAAAAUCAAGCCAAUCCUAGACAUAUGAGCACCUCUUACGGAGCCGAUAGACUUUCAAAAUCCCUUGAUCAAGAAGAUGAGCCUGAAAACUUCAGAGGGAGUAUGCUGGAAAACCCUAGGUACCCCAAACUAUCAAUACUCAAGGGUGGUAGAUUGCCUAGAAAUACUAUGAGGCAAGAUCGAAAUGGAUAUUCUAUUGACAAAGAUCUGAAGAAAUAAAAGAUCUCUUUCGCUGAUAACAUUAAUAUUAACACUAAUGGCUCUGCUAAGCUGGCAGAUGUGUACUUGGUGGAAUCAUAUAAGAAAUUCAAUGCAGAGAACACACAUGGUCAGUAGCAAGGCUGUUGCGUGAUAUUCUGA